GUUUUACUGCUCCCGAUUCCAAAGUUUGAGAAAUUUAUCUCAACAAAUGUAAACCUAAACGUAUCUACAACUUUGCUGGAUGUUACAACGCCGAAUGCAGCUGCUUUUCGGCAGUGUUUUUGUUUUUUUCAUUACGUUUUGUUAAAUGUAAGUUGACAUAUUAAGAACAAGUUAGGAAGCUAGCGGUAAGUUAGCCAGCAGGAAAGCUAGCUGGCUAACUGUUUUCAUCUCGGAAUAAUGGCGACAGUGCUGCAGAAGAAGAAUGGACAGUAUCUGUGGUUUGCUCUUCUUGGGCUGGGAUUUCAGCCGGAAAUUACAACGUCGUCCUUCGCCGGCAAAGCCAACGUUAAUGUCAAACACAUCAACGUGGGACCCAAUAUGUUUGACAAACCAAACAAAGAUGCCUUCUACAUAGUGACCCAUUUCUUGUUGGAGAGACUCAACCCAACUCGAUUUCAUGAAGCAUACAGACACUGCUGGCCUGUUUUGAACCACAAGGCAGAUGCUGAGUUCCGCAAAAUUACCUGCACUUGGCUGCGAGAAAUAAUGGAUGAAAUUGCAAAUGCAGGAUCCAAAGUGGUGGCAUCCUUGUUUCUCUCACCUGGAGGCCCCAAGUUUACCAGCUUGAUGCUUCAUUUGGCCAAUCACGUCAUGCUGCAGGAGAUGAAGACAUUCACCACGGAUGACAGCUGGACUCCUGAGACUGCAGCGACGCCUGCUUCCACUCUGGAUAUGGCAGUUAAGAGAUUCAAUCUGAUCCGUACAAGGUUCUUGAAAACUGCAGUGGAUCAGGAUCGUUUUCUUCACGAGUACCAGAGACGAGCCCAGCUUCUGGUGAAGUCUAUGAAGGACAUCAAAGCAGAUGGAGCCAAGUACGAUGAGCUACUUAAGCGUCACAGCGAUGAUUCCACACAAGAGGAAACUUCUGCAGCUGAGAAGAUUAGAAAGGUGCGCUCGUUGUGGUCGACCAUCGACGGAAUGCUGGCUGGUAUCAGAGAGGAGCAGAGUGCGGUGGGAAGUGUUUUGAAGGGCGACGUCGAUCAAUACGUCUUGGACGGGACGGAUCGAGUCCUCAAAAUCCCUCGUCGCCUGCUGGAGAGAAUUGAAAAGCUCCCACAUCAGUUAAGUUCAGGGAACGUGUAUGAAGGCGGCCAGCUGAACCUCCUCUGUGUGAUGGAGCUGAUGAACUACGCGUCACAGCUCCUGAAAGAGGAGCGUUUCCAGGUCUCUCAUGCCCCCAAGCCCCCGCUCAGUCCUCAGCACCUGCAGGAGAAAUGUCAUCAGAUGGCCCGCAUGCUGCAGGACCUCCACCUCAUCAGGCAGAAGAUUUCUAAGGAAGAAAUCCCUGAAGUCAGAAGUGCCAUUAGAGAGCUGGAAGCAGACUGGGAGAAGAAGUGGAUGGACACUCUGAAAGAAACACCUCUCGUCUCUUUUCUGAAUGAGGAUCCUGCUCUUGGCUUCCUCUCACCAAUGGCUCCACUGUCUUUUGAACCAGCAGCUGAAGCUACUUACAAAAGCAGCGUCUUCUCCCAGUACCCCGCUAAACUUCUUGAGCGGAAGCCUGCAGAGAGUAAAUCACAGGAGGGUGCACAUCCGAGUUAUUCCGACCUCAAGAGUUCCUUCCUUGCACCAGCUGAGAAGGCUGAAAGUCCCGUUGUGACCACUGAAGCGCCACGAGCGAACACCUCCCUCGACUGGCUUUUUGACACGCCUCCAUCCCCUCCUCUCAGGGCUCCACCGGUACAACCGCCUCAGGCCAGUGAGAGAAAGAUGAGCCACGUUCACCAGAGGGCGGCUCCCACGAGGACCAAGACUCAGAUACUGGACCUGGAAUAUGACAACCUCGCUGAUCAGUUUGCAGAUGCGAUAACUACAACCAGUCCUCCAGAGGGCAGAGUUAAGGGCCUGGAGUUGGACGGCCUCCUCAGCACUCUUCAGAGAGAUCCCUUCUCUACUAGAAAACAGCUGCCACGCACUCCUGAGAGCUUGAUUAUGGACGUGAAAAGCUCCUGGAGGAAGGCCGUGGAGGAGGAGAAGGCUAAGAAAAGCCGGCAGUCGGCUGAAUUUGACGGCAGCAUCAUCAGGCGCCUCAGUCCCCUCAGCGAGCCCUGCAACGUGCGGCUGAGCCCCGACGCUCCCUCGCAGGACGUCUCCUCCAGCGUCACCCCCGCUGCCGUGGUCCACGACAGCCCCCCUGCUGGCAGAGAGCGGGUCUUCAAGUCCAGCCUUCUGUGGGACACUUUCAACACAGAGGCCCUGGACAGUCCGAGCGGCACAGGCAGCAGCGCCAUCCAGUUCACCCUGGACCACGAGACCCUCCCCGAGAUGCCGAGCUGCGACAGCCUGCUGAGCCUGGACGACGAAGCCGUGGACGUGAGGAGCGAGGAGGACGAGGAGCUGCUGAUCCCCUCGCUAAAGACUGAGGCGAAGCCGUCACCACUAACCCCACGUCACCGUCAGAUCCACAAGUCGUUUAACGAGGCCUCGCUGAUGGAAAAGACUCCUGAGUGUCUUCUGUCUGACUACAAGGUCUCUGCUUUGGACAGAAACUGGCUAAUGGAACCCGCAACGACAAAAGAAACCACAGACAAGAUCUUUUCACUGGAUCUAGACGCUCUGGAGACACCCUCGCCUCCGAAAAAGAGCGAGUACAGCCUCCCCCAGCUCAUCACUUUCUCCCCGAUAGAUGACAUGAAGUGUUAACUAUUCUUAAACCCUUCUGCUGCCUCCUUCAAUCGUCAGUGAGAUUUUAAUAGUCAUGUAACAUACUUGUGUAUAUAGCUGUUAAAUAACCUACAUUUCGUGCACUAAUAGUUUCUGUGUUUGUUGACUUAAAUUAAUAGACUGCUUUAAUAAAAUUGCAAAAUAUGAACUGCUUUUGGUUUACUUGUGUAAAUGAGGAUUUCUAACUUGAGACCAACAAACUUGAAAUAAACUUGAAAUGUUGUGCAGCUGA